AGCUCUUUAGUGACGAGUAAAGCUGUUUACGCUUCUAAAAUUAAAUAAAUCUGCGAAUUCCAAUUGAAUAGUGAGUUUCCGACACUUAAGACUCCAGUGGUAAGUUCUCCUUUACGCCAAUUUGCAGUCAAGUGUCACUCGGAUCGGCGUUUAACAUGGAACAAGUGAUAGAUGUGGGCUGCGUUAAGGAGGAGCACUGUGAGGCAAUAUGCAAUAUGUUUAGAGGACAGGAUUGGCAAUUGACGAUGAGGCACAGAGACUUGGGACUCGUUAAAAUUGAGCAAGAUGUGAGCAUUGUUUGGCAAGGAAGCAACAAUGCUACAAUAGAAAACAAGGAGCGACACCCAGAAAAGGAAAAAAAAUUCAACAAUAAUGUGACUAUUGCUGAGAAACCAUUCAAGUGUCCACAUUGCAUCAAAGACUUUGCCACCAGCAGCAAUCUUAAGGUUCAUCUAUCACGCACUCACUCUGGAGAUCAAGAGCGCCCCUUUCUGUGUCCCACUUGCCCAAAGUCAUUUGCCACAAACGACAAUCUACAAAAGCACAUUCGCAGGCACUCGAAUGAGCGAACUCUCCAAUGUCCCCACUGUCCAAAGGCUUUUGCCACGAAGGAUAAUCUGCAGAAACACAUUCGCAGGCAUUCGAGCGAGCGCACCUUGAUUUGUCCUCACUGUCCAAAGGCCUUUGCCACAAACGACAAUCUUCAGAAGCACAUCCGCAGGCAUUCUAGUGAACGAACUCUUCAGUGUCCACACUGCCCGAAAGCCUUUGCAACAAAUGAUAAUCUCCAGAGACACAUACGUGGUCACACCGGUGAACGACCCUUCAAGUGCCCGUACUGUCCAAAACCGUUUGCCCAAAAUCGGGAUCUCAAAGCACACAUUCUGGAGCACACUGGCGAGAAGCCCUUCAAAUGUCCACAUUGCCCCAAGGCCUGUGUAAGAAGCGAAGGACUUAAAAAGCACAUACUGCGACUACACAAAGACAUUGAACCAGAGACAGCACAAGCCGCAAGCAACACACUGGCCAAACAAUGGCAGACUAGCGACAAGACGUACAUCAAUGACUCUAGCGGCAGAAUCUUUAUGUAUAAAUAUGAUCUGACUAAGCAUAGUCGAAUGCCCACCGGCGAGGCGUAAAAGAUUUUCCAAUGCAACAAUGCAAUUGCCAUGGAAUCUUGAUCUCAGUGUGCGCCCAAUUACGUUCACAGCAUGAAGCGACUUUAAAACGCAUCAAUCUCAAAAGAGAAACGCUUGCAGUUAACACAGAAACAUCAGACAAGGUUGAAAAUAAGCAACAACAGUGGUGCAUAAAUAAGAAUUUAAAAUGUACUUGGCAAAAUGGCAUAUUUAUAAAAACAAAAAACAGAUGCUUUGAUGUAACUUUUAUAGCCACCGAGAUCCAACGCUUCUUUUAAUUGACGUACAUGAUGAUCAUAUCGAAUUAGUUGGAUAUGCUUAGAAAGAGACUUUUCCAAUAUAAUACUGAACAUUGAAUUCAUUUCUUGUAUAUAAUAUGGGCUCAUGCAAUAUUUUUGGUUUACAAAUGGAAAAUAAAAUGUAUUUCACUGCUAAAUUUGAUCGU